AUGGCUGAAAUCAUUCGGAUCCCAGUUGCAAAACAAAUCCUUGGCAAGGCUGCCGACUUGGCCUUGGAGCAGAUUGGUUUCCUGUGGAAUUUUAGACAUGAGCUCAAGAAACUCAAGGACACUGUCUCCACCAUUCAGGCUGUGCUUCGUGAUGCAGAAGAGAAGCAGUCCCACAAUCAUCAAGUCAAACUCUGGCUCGAGAAGCUAUCUGACGUGAUGUAUGAUGCCGAUGAUUUGUCUACCGAGGCCUCGUCGGAUAGCGAUAGAAGAAGCAAAUGA